GGUCGUCCUCGCCGGGAAGCCCCCCGCGGCCGCACUCGCCGCGCAUGUUCGUGCCCCAGAGCCCUGUAACUCCACUGCAAAGAGCUUCAGAUGUGCCACCUCCGGUGUUCAACCAGAUACUGAUGCGUGAUCAGGAUGAUUCCGACGGCCCCCCUCCAAAGAGGAUCCCUACUUUGCUUGUGUGGCCUCAUGGAGGCAAGUGUAUCUUCGUGGAAGGAUCAUGGGAUCACUGGACAUCAAAGAAAACCGUUCAGAAAUCUGGGAAAGACCACACCAUCCUGUUAGAGCUUCCAUCAGGAGUUUACCGGUACAGAUUCAUCGUCGACGGGGAAAGAAGAUACCUCUCCGAUCUUCCCUGUGAGACCGACAACGUGGGCAACAUCGUGAACCUUCUUGACGUGAAUGACUUUGUGCCGGAAAGCGUGGAGAGCGUGUCGGAGCUGAUGGCGCCGCCCUCCCCGGACUCGAGCUACGGGUUCCAGAUCCCUGAGGACAAGGAGUUCGCCAAGGAGCCCCCCACCCUGCCGGCGCAGCUCUACCUUGGCGUGCUCAACUCGCGGAGCGCGGAGCAGCGGGAGUGCGCGCGUCCGAGGCAUGUGGUGCUGAACCACCUCUACAUCGAGAAGGGGUGGGGCGCGCAGCCGCUCGUGGCGCUCGGCCACACCCACCGAUUCCGGUCCAAGUACGUCACCACCGUCCUCUACAAGGCCAUCGAGCGAUAGCGCUUACCGUAGCGCAUGAUGCCGCUGCCGCCGAACAGAAGCGAGAAGAUUUUCACCCCUCAUGUCUGUGCCGGUCGGAUCGUGCACAACUGCAUAAACAAGCUGUAAUUUUCAUAUAGAGAUCAUGUUCAUUUUUUCUGUUGAGACAGCUGCAGUCAUUUGUCAAGAAUAAAAUCAGAGUAACACAA